AUAAAUAAGAGUGUUCUUCAAUUUACAUUGAAAUAAUUGAAUGACUGCAUAGCGAAAUAGCAGAAUAUAAACAAAGUCUAUCGGAUUAAUUCACAAGUAUGGCAGCUAAAAAGCACAUUCUUUUAAAUGCCUUCGACAUGUCCACUGUAGGGCACCUGUCGCCUGGCCAAUGGAAGGAUCCUAACGAUCGAUCAGCAACUAAAAGGGGUCUCGACUACUGGGUCAACCUCGCAAAGACCCUCGAGCGCGGCGACAUCAACGCCCUGUUCCUCGCCGACACCUAUGGCGGCUAUGAUACCUACGAGGACUCUCUCGACAACUGCAUUCGGCGCGCGGCCCAGUGGCCGAUGACUGAUCCGACGAUUCCUAUAUCUGCAAUGGCGGCAGUCACGAAAAACUUGGCGUUUGCAAUCACCGCAUCAACCUCCUUUGAGCCUCCAUUCCUCCUGGCCAAGCGGUUCUCGACCCUGGACCAUCUAACUGGCGGACGGUUCGGGUGGAAUAUCGUCACGGGGUGGAAGAAGGGCGCCUUUAAAGCGAUUGGACUUGACGAGCCUACAGACCACGACAAGCGGUAUGCGCAGGCAGAUGAAUAUCUGCGUGUUUUGUACAAACUGUGGGAGGGCUCGUGGGCAGAUGAUGCCAUUGUCAAAGACGUCGAGACAGAUACCUACGCAGACCCAGACCGAAUCCGAACGAUAAAGCAUGCCGGCGAGUUCUAUCAUCUGGAGAGCAGACACAUUGUCGAUCCAAGCCCACAGCGCACACCGCUGCUCUUCCAAGCGGGGACUUCACCUGCUGGAUCGAAAUUCGGCGCAACACACGCCGAAGCAAUCUUUGUCUCGGGCCACAGCCCGUCCGUACUGGCGCCUCGCAUAGCCCACAUCCGGUCACUGGCGCAGGAAGCAGGGCGCGAUCCGCAGUCGAUCAAGUUCUUCGGCACAAUAACGCCUAUUAUCGGACGCACCGAGGAAGAAGCGCAGGCCAAGCUGGCGCAGGCGAAGAAAUACGCAUCUGUGAUCGGUGGGCUGGUUCUGUUUUCGGGCUGGACGGGCAUUGAUAUCUCCAAGGUGCCGAUUGACGAGGAGAUCGAUCCGGUCAAGCACUCGCUCGAAAAGCACAAGGUGCAUUCGAUUUCCGAGACGUUGACGGCGCGCACCCCCGAACUGCCCUCCAUCACGCCGCGCAUUAUCGCGGAGACGGCGGCGAUAGGGGGGUUGGGGCCUGUGGCCGUAGGGACGCCGGCGCAGGUGGCUGAUGUUUUUGAGAAGUGGGUUAAUGAGGCGGGUCUGGAUGGGUUUAAUGUUGGUUAUGUCACGACGCCCGGCACGUUUGAGGAUGUGGUGGAUUUGCUGGUGCCGGAGUUGCGGCGGAGAGGGCUGUAUCCUGAGAAGAAAUGGGAUGGGGAGGGGGAGGGGUUAACAGCGAGAGAGAAGAUAUAUGGACAGGGCCAGAGUAAGCUUCGGGAUGAUCAUGUUGGGGCGGGUUACAAGUAUGAUGUGUAUAAGGAGGAACCACCGUUUGAGAGGGAGGCUUAG